UAAACAAUGGUCCGGAUUGCUGAACGAAGGGCUCCUAUUGGCACAGACUGAAAACCCGAGUACACCGUCCACAUAUAUAGAACAUCCUACUCCAGGUUGCGGGAAAGCAGAGCCGGAGAGAGACAGAGAAGAGAGUGUGAAAGAUGAAGGGGAAGCAAAGCAGCGGUAAUAAGAACAAACAGAUAGCGAAGGUGCAGUCCAAGCCAAAGAAAAAAGCUGUAAAGAAGAAGAUAGACGAACGCAACAAACCUAAGAAACCCCCAACCGCCUUCUUCUACUUCUUGGAAGAUUUCCGUAAGGUCUACCAAGAGGAGCACCCAGAAGUCAAAUCAAUGCGCGAUAUCGGCAAGGCAUGUGGAGAGAAGUGGAAAACAAUGAUUUUUGAGGAAAAGGUUCAGUAUUAUGAUAUAGCCACUGAAAAGCGAGCAGAAUUUGACAAGGCCAUGACGGAAUAUAUCAAGAGAAAGGAAAGUGGAGAGGACGAGGAGUUGGAGGAAUCUGACUACUAUGAGUAAUUGGAGUUGAAGAAGGAUGGUCCAUUCAAAAUGUAGAUGUAGAAUGUUGGAGGGAAGAUGUAAAAUAGCAUUUGUAACUUUUUGUUCAUUAAUGUGAACUUGGUAGGUUUGUUUGUCUCAAUUGAAGCCCUUAAGCUACUCGAAAAGUAUUUCAAAUGUAACCAUCUCUGUCUCUAUUUAACAUAUUGCUUGAAUUAACAAUCCAUUAUUUGGUGCA